AUGAUUCACGAGAAACACAUGAAACUAGUGCAGGGCUACAUAAAAAGGGGCAUAGCAGAAGGUGCUACUUUGCUGAAAGGUGGAGGUGAACGUAUCAUACCAUCCGAAGCCACGAGGAAAGGGUUCUUCCUGUCACCAGCUAUCUUUGUGGACUGUAUUGAUGAGAUGACUAUUGUGCGUGAAGAAAUAUUUGGCAUGGUAAUGUGCAUUCUGCCAUUCAAUACUGAGGAUGAAGUGCUGGUUCGCGCCAAUGACACAAACUUUGGUCUAUCAGCGGGUGUCUUUACCAAAGACAUUAAGCGGGCACAUCGUGUGAUUGACGAGAUAGAGGCUGGGACCACGUGGAUCAACAAUUAUAAUCUUGCUCCUGUAGAGACCCCAUGGGGUGGCUAUAAGAAGUCUGGGAUUGGGCGUGAAAAUGGUCUUGCAGGUAUCGACUCAUGGACGCAAUUGAAGUCCGUUUACGUUGAAAUGAAUGGUGUCGACUGUCCUUACGCGAAAUGA